AUGGCCGACGAACCCAUCAUCCAGCUCGCAGAGACCAUCCAGACUGCCUCGAUCAACAGACACCCCUCGCCCGCCCACGAUGCCAACCCGUCGACGGCAGCCUCCAUGAAGCAGCCUGUGCGCCUCGACGACGACCCCGACCUCGACACACUGCCCGACGACAUUGACGACGACGAGAUCCCCGUCUCGGUCCUGAGACCCUCUCCGCGCAGCAAGCAAUUCCCUCCGCUGCCCGACCUCCGCUUCGAGCAGAGCUAUCUCGCCAGCAUUCAGCAUGCUGACACUUGGCAAUCCGUUGCCUGGAUCACCUUCAGGGACCAACUGUUCAUGCCCCUGACCCAGGGCCUGCUCUGGACAUUGGUAGUCGCUGGCUGGAGGAACUGGAACACGGUCCACAACACGUCGCACAACUUCUCUGGCUCGAGCAUCGGCGCACGUCUGAGAAGGUGGUGGUGGAAGACGAACAACUGGUCCAUCCCCCGCUCCUCGUUGCGCGACCAAAGGCUCGCUGGCAAAGUCCAAGAGUACUAUCAAGCCGAGUUCAGUGCUGGCGCUGAUUGA